AGGCGACGCAGUCAGAACACCCACACUUGACGCUUGCCUUUGAAAAACUGCAGCAUAAGCUGCCUCCAAAGAGACUUAGGAGCGUCCCGAAGUGCAAGCUUUUUUAAAAAAUGACACUUAUUUUGAAGGAGGGUUGCUAUCACGGCGUGCUUGUGGAGGUCAUAGGACAACUUGCGGGACUCAGUUCCACUGUGACUCUUCCUGUUCUUGUGCCAUUUGGCUGAAGUAGGACGGAGUCAGGGUUUGAGGACUGACAGCUCCCAGAAAGCCACCAGAUGCCACAUGGAACCAAGGGCCCCAUGCCCAGCUGCCAUACCCUCAAUGGAGAGAAAGUUCCAUGUUCUUGUCGGGGUCACUGGAAGCGUUGCUGCCCUGAAGCUGCCUCUCCUGGUGUCAAAGCUUUUGGACAUUCCUGGGCUGGAAGUCACAGUGGUAACCACUGAGAGAGCCAAACAUUUCUAUAGCCCCCAGGAUGUUCCUGUCACCCUCUACAGUGAUGCUGACGAAUGGGAGAUGUGGAAGCGCCGCUCUGACCCAGUUCUCCACAUUGACCUGCGAAGGUGGGCUGACCUCAUGCUGGUGGCUCCCCUUGAUGCCAACACUCUGGGGAAGGUGGCCAGUGGCAUCUGUGACAACUUACUUAGUCAUUUGAGCCCCAAAUCUAAAACCCAAUUCUCACGUCUAUCAGAGAAAGCUUGGAAAGAAACGGGAAAAAAAGACCUGUGUCAUCCGGGCCUGGGACCUCACCAAGCCUCUACUCUUCUGCCCCGCCAUGAACACCGCCAUGUGGGAGCACCCUCUCACCGCACAGCAGGUGGGCAUGCUCAAGGCCUUCGGCUAUGUGGAGAUUCCCUGUGUGAACAAGAAGCUGGUGUGUGGAGACCAAGGUCUAGGAGCCAUGGCCGAGGUGGAGACCAUUGUGGGGAAAGUGAAAGAAGUACUCUUCCAGCGCGGGGGCAUCCAGCAGAAUUGAACUGGGGUUUCUGUCCUGGUGUCCGUGCACCCAGUGAAUUCAGCCUGAGCUGCUGAAGAGGGAAAUCACCACAGCAUGAAGAGCCUGUGUUCACGAGGAGGGGCUGGUAUGCACCUUCUCAGAGCUUCCUGGGGACCGACCUUCUCCAAGUUACACAGAACUACAGACCCAGGUCCUACCUUCUUCCAACCAGGAAAUACCUGCUUUCCUGAGGCCCUCCCUUGUCUUCCUGGGAUAGGCCCCGAAAGCUGAAGCUGGGCAAUCAUGUUACUACUGGAAGAAUAAUCUAAUGAUUGAGGACCUCCUGCUUAGGCUGAGGCAGGAUUGCCACAGCUUUGCAGUUGGCUUGGGCUACAGAGUGAGCCAGGCCCAUGAGUGUGACAGCCUAUUUCAAAACAAAAGCAACCAGAAGAAACACCAUAGCUCAAGAUCCCUGGCACAGCAGGCUCCUGAUCAGGCCUUGGAAGCUUCCAUUCUUUGGUGCCCCGUGUCACACAAAGUCAGGAAGUCUAUGAGGUGGCAAGACUCUUCACAUUUCCCACAGACUGUACUGGGAGUUGGGGCAGGGAUGGUUCUGGGAAAUAAAGUGACCUUAGGA